AUGUUCUGGUCUUCCGCUGUCGUUUUGGGCCUUACUCAGCUCUGUCUUUCGACACCGCUGGUUUCUAAGCGUUGGGAUACCAACGACUUGCUGGAGAAGCACUCUUGGGCUGAAGUUCCCCGAGGUUGGGAAUGGGUCAGCAAACCUGAUCCCGGCAGUGUCAUAGAACUACGCAUCGGUCUCAAGAAAGACAGGGUGGACGAGCUGAUUUCGUCCUUGUACGAAGUAAGCACACCAAAUCACAAUCGUUAUGGCAAGCAUCUGUCCAAAGAAGAAGUUGAUGCCCUCGUCGCUCCUCAUCCUGAUUCAGUUGAAGCGGUCGGGUCUUGGCUCCUUUACCAUGGCGUCAACCCUGCCGAUGUGACUUUCCGUUCCAGCAGUGGUUCAUGGAUUACUAUCCCGGUUUCUGUUUCGAAAGCCGAGCAAAUGCUCGGAACGGAGUACGGUCUUUACCAUCAUCCUCAAUCGUCGUCGUAUGUUGUGCGAACUUUGAGCUACUCUCUUCCUCGAGAACUCCAUCAGGCGAUCGACGUCGUGUCUCCAACGACCUAUUUCGGCACACUCCGUAGCAUGAGGGUUACUAGUUUUGUGGAAGCCGAUAUCAGCGACGAAGUAGCUGACAUUUCUGCGACGGUGCCCAGCAGCUGUGCCUCUAGGAUCACUAUUGCAUGUCUACAGGCGUUGUAUAACACCUCCGGUUAUGUCCCUUCUGCCACCGAUAGCAACGUUCUUGGUGUUGCUGGAUAUCUUGACGAAUACGCGAAUCGGAACGAUCUUCAAACAUUCCUUAAAACAUACCGAACCGACGCAGUGGGGACGACGUUCGAGACGGUCACGGUCAACAACGGUGGAGAUGAUCAAAGUGACCCCGGUGCCAACUUGGACAUUCAAUAUACAGUAGGACUGUCAUAUCCUACGCCUAACAUCUACUACAGCACGGGCGGUUCCCCUCCCUUUAAUCCUGAUAGCCAAACCACCACCGACACUAACGAGCCCUAUCUGGACUGGCUCAACUAUAUCCUUGCCGAAGAAACAGUCCCACAGACUUUUACCACUUCGUACGGCGAUGAUGAGCAGACUGUGCCUUACGAUUACGCUGUCAGUGUCUGCAAUCUUUUCGCUGAACUCGGCGCCCGUGGAAGUACGGUCUUCUUUUCUAGCAGCGACUCCGGUGUCGGUGGUGGCGACUGUCUUACCAACGAUGGAACCAAGCAAGUUCUGUUCCAACCCGCCUUUCCAGCUAGCUGCCCCUACGUAACUGCUGUAGGCGGCACCACUGGCGUCUCACCUGAAGUUGGAGUCAGCUUUUCUGGCGGAGGCUUCUCCCGCUACUUUGGCAUUCCAUCUUAUCAAGCUGAUGUUGUCGCUGAAUAUGUGUCAGACCUUGGGAGCAGAUAUAGCGGACUGUAUAAUACCUCUGGACGUGCAUACCCUGAUUUGGCUGCACAAGGAACCAGGUUUUCAGUCAUUCUCUCAGGCUCUACAAUUUCUGUCGGGGGGACUAGCGCUAGUUCUCCUACUGUAGCUGGUAUCUUCGCCCUCCUGAAUGACUAUCGUCUUUCCAAUAACCAGUCUUCUCUCGGAUUCGUCAACCCCCUUAUAUACGCCAACUCUGGCGGUUUCAACGAUAUCACCUCCGGUUCCAAUCCUGGUUGUAACACCACUGGAUUUACUGCGGUUGCCGGUUGGGAUCCUGUCACUGGCUUGGGAACUCCGGAUUUCGGAAAGCUUCAGGCAAUUGUGGGGGCUUGA